UCUACUGCACACAUGAGUAGAGAGGAAAAUAAAAUCGAGUAGGCAGCCAGUGUUUGGGGAACGCCUGGAAUUUAUGUUUGCUUCAGCUCCUCUCAGCGAAACUAUUGUUUCGGAGGCUGAUGAGGUGUUUUUUAUGUUGGGUAUUUUUCUGCUGGACUUUAUGGACGUUGGCUAACCAUGUUGCUAUGCUUUUCAACUCCCUGGGUCUUCCUCGGACUGUUCGUCUUGCGCCACACCGUCGCCAACUACCGACUAACAGUGAGACUGAACGAACCUUUUUGCUGUAGGUUUGGAAUCGGGACCAAACACUCAACGUCUGUAAAUGUGUAAAUAGUGUUGGACAUGGGUAGAUGUGUACUAAACUGUACGUAUAUUUGUUAAUAUACUUGGAGCACUGCGUUUCAAGUUGUUCUGUUUUUUCCCCUCUAUAUGCUUCUGUUGUAGAUAGGUACUCUAUGUGCUUCUGAGGUAGGCCUCGCCCUUAACAAAUUUUCUGUGUAGCCUCUAAGCAGAGUGUUACAAACUUCCUAAAGGCCCUUUUGUGAUCAGGGGUUACAAUGUUUUAUUCACUGCCUAAAACCACCAGUGAACAUAUAGUGAUUAUUUUAACAUAGUGGCAAAUAAAAGAUGGGUAUUGUUCUGCAUGUAUCUCUUCAAUGUAACUAUAAUAAAAUGUUUUAGGCCAAAACCUUCUCAAAACUACAGUAAAUCGAUGUCACACACAUCGGACAGAAGAAAAUAGCGUAUUCACAAACAAUUCACAUAAAAACUUUAUGUGAGGAAGAAGCUGAUGUUAAACUCCUCAGAUGUCUGGUUCCUAUCACCACUACUGUGGAUGGAUCAAACCACUAAAUAAUGUUCACAGUUUAAUAAUUAAAUUUAGCAGGAAUUCUCCUUUAACUAGUAAAACCUUAGCAGAGACACCUAUUAACAUUUAGCUAAUAUUUUAGCUAACAUUUACACUUCAUAUGUUUACAUAAAGCAUAAGCUAAUUUAACUGGAGAUAUUUACUAAAGCAUCAGCGGACUUAGGGUUAGUAGAAAAAAAAUAGUCAAAGUAAAGGAAUUUAUUUGUUAGUGUUUAUUGAUGAUAUAACCCACUGUGAAAAAUGAAUGUGUACUGCCUUUAACUUGGCACUAACAAAACACCAAAAGCAAUAUUGCUUAGUAGCCUAUAUUAUUCUUUAUUUAGUUUGUCUGCAGAAUUUGGUACAUAUUAAACAGCUUUUUAUAGUCAUUUUCGUAGUAUAUUCGCAAUACACAAUAUAAUCACAAUAUAUGCAAAAUAAUGCUGUGGUGCUUGUGACUGUGUUCAGCGUCGUAUUGCUCUGCCUAUCAGGCGGCGUUCUGUGCGAUGGUUAAUGAAUAUUAAUGAGCUUUCCCCCGCGUAGCAUACGAAAAGAAAUUUCGCUGCCGAUGGUGAGCAGUUACAGUUGGAGCCGAUUACUAACACCUUGAAGAUGGCCAAUGCAGAUACAGAGAUCUCCUACAGCGAUUUUAAGUCUCUCAUUGAGAAGGGUGAAGAUCUUGUGAUUGUUGAUGUGCGUAGCAAAGCUGAAGUGGACAAAGGGCACAUCCCAGGGUCCAUCCAUAUUCCAGUGGAGAAUGUAGGAAGUGACUUGUCUCUGGAUCCAGAUGCAUUCAAAGAGAAAUUUGGCAUGCCCAAACCCCCACUAGAUGCCCCAAAUCUGGUCUUCCACUGCCAGCUGGGUCGACGUGGAGAAGCUGCCACAGAGAAGGCCAGAAGUCUCGGCUUCCAAUAUGCCCGAAACUUUGCUGGAGGUUACAAGGAAUGGUCAGAGAAGGAAAGAAAAUGAUGCUGCUGCUCCAACACAUCAAGCACACGCCAGAUGUUAAGUUAGAAUUAUUUUUGCAGCUCUAGGAUAGAGUGCCUUUGAGGACUGCUAGGCCUGUAUGCAUUUAGCUGUCUGAGCUGUCUUUAAAUUGAAGCACUUCAGGGUUUAUGCUAAAUGGGUCCAUUACAAAAUGUGUACCUUUCUUACCUCAACACCUAGUUUUAAAUGUAUACGAUGGGUUUUAAAUACAUUAAAAACAUUAUGUAAGAAAGUUUUUAUACCACUUUUGCUAUGUUAACAGUUUAUAAACUGUACCUUUUGUGAAGACAUGAAUCUUUGCUGUUUAUAUAGUGAUGGAUCUUUUGAAAUAUAUAUUUUACACACAUUUUAUAUAUAUGUGUGUGUGUGUGUGUGUGUGUGUGUGUGUGUGUGUGUGUGUGUGUGUGUGUGUGUGUGUAAAAUAUAUUUCAAAAGAUCCAUCACUUUGAUCAGCUGCUAGCUUUCCAUGUAACAGGAAGAUGGCCUGCUGAUGGCAAAGCUGGCAGCCCACUGGCUUUAUGCCUAGUGUUAUCAGAGCGGCCCACCGGUGGCUAACCCCUUAAAAUCCAGAGCUUAUUACAUACUAAGGCUUAUUCAGUAACUACAGGGACUUCAGUGCAAACUAGCUUAGCUAUUCUUAGGUUAAAGAAGUGUGUAAUAAAACUUGUUAGACCGAAUGCCUCUUUUAAUCACUCGUUUUGCACUCACAGUCCAAUUUACUUGUUCUUGCAUUUCUUAAUUUUGUCACACUUAGAAAAUUAGUUUACUAAAUAAUUUCCUUAGCAGUAUCAAAAAUAUGUAUAGAGCUGUGACCAAUUAGCACAGUGUCAGCAACGAGGCUUUCAACAAAAUCGUUUAAUAUAAGGACUAGUGAAUCAUUUUUCCCAGUAGUCUGUGAUAGUUUAUUUACCAAAAUGAAAGACUAUCUGCAUUUAAAAGCUGUUUUUAGAUUAAAAACUAUUAUGCAUCACAACCAUCUGGACGGGCUAAAAGCAGACUAGCAGUAGCCAUUACUCAGUGUGGACCUCAUCACGCGAGCAGACUGAUAUAUACUUGCUAUCUGGGUCACUUGAGAUGAAUCAUAGCACUUGAAGCUCCCCAAAGGAUGGACAUUUACACUGACCUCUGUAGUUCUUUCAGGUAAUGUGCAGUUAUGUCGAUAAUAAUGUCGCUAAAUGAAAUGUUUUGAGUUUUCCUGUUUAAAUGAAUUUGACCGCGAAGGUUGUCGAUGGUUUGGGCGCCAGUUCAUUUGCACAUACAGGUGUGAAUAUUAGACAUGAAGCAGCUGUUUUCACUUGUUACUUGUACUCGUGUCACUCGAAAUAAUUAAAAUGCUGCUAUUCUA